UCAACGAGAUGAUUACUCGUACCAACCCAAUUACGUAGUCUUGAUGAAACAUAAGCCCGUACAUGGUGUGGGAUCAAGUUACGUGAUUUUUAACAGCAGUGGGUCAAUUAACACCCAUCAAGUGGAAAUGACUGGAGAUUUGAGAAGAAGAAACUGCAGCGUUCGGAUUCCUGAUUUAACAGAAGAUCAUGACGACAAAUACUUCUUCAGAAUAGAGUACACGGACAUUAAAGUAACAUUUUGUGACAGUCCUAUAAAGUUAACAGUUAUAGAUUCUCCUUGGAUUCCGACCAUUGAAAUUCAUCGAGUUGAUCCCGAUGACAUGAAGGAGCAUCAGAGUGCUCGUAUAGCGUGCAUAGCUGAGAAUCGAUGUGCACGCCAACAAGUUGAACUCACCUGGAAUAUCAAAGUCCUUAGCAGUAUUAUUUUCAAAGAAAGUGAUGGAAGCUUUCUAGCUAACAUACGCAACGACAACUUCACUCUGUCAGACAAACAUGAUGGAUUCAACAUCAGCUGUUCUGCCAGAUAUCCUGUGAAAGGAGGAUUCAAACAGGCAGUUGCAAUAAAGACUCUCAAUGUUUCAUAUGCUCCUAGAAACACCUCAGCAUCCUUCAGUCCAUCAGGUUUGGUGUCACCAGGUAGCUGGGUGGACCUGAGCUGCUACAGCAGAGCCAAACCUCCACCCAAAAUCACCUGGUUCAAGAACAGCAACCAAGGACCCAUUAAAGUAUCUGAGAAGGAGGUUUACGGCUUCAGUGCUACUCCUACUGAAGAAGGAGAUUAUUACUGUGAGGCCAUAAAUGAGCUUGGUAGUGAGAAAUCGACAAGCAUCUGUAUUGACAUCAGUGAUUCUCCUUGGAGUCCCAGCAUUAAUGUUCCCUCUGACCUGAAGGAGCAUCAGUCUGUCACUGUAACCUGCUCAGCUUUCACUCCCUGUCCACACUCACCUCCUCAACUCACCUGGAAUCUCCAACAAGACUCUCUCAGACAAACAGAGAAAAACACAGAUGGAACCUUUACAACUAAAAUCCAGGAGAACAUCACUCUGUCAGACACACAUGAUGGAUACAACAUCAGAUGUUCUGCCAGAUAUCCUGUGAUUGGAGGAAACAAGACAGCAGAGACAGAAGUGACUCUCAGUGUUUCAUCUGGUUUAGAUUAUCCAACAUACACAAGAAGGACCCAGGAGAAUCAGACGAUGUCCACAGAGUGAUGGAGGUUUAGGCAUCAUGAGCAUCAAGGAGAAACAGAGGACAUCAAGUCCACUGUCAAAGGGUUUUUAUUGUCCAUCCAUCCAACCAUUGCAGCUUCAAGGUCACAGCAGGGACUGGUGUCCGUCUCCAGCUGUCAGCAGGACAGAAGAAGAGUCCAGCCUGGACAGAUCACCAGUCCAUCACUGGUCUAACCUUUGUGUCCUGGAAGUGACUUCAUGUUUCAUCUCAGCGUUUCUCACUUUUUAAAUCAGCUGUACUGAAACAGAGCUAACAGAGUCUCUCUCUCUCUGUUUAUCGUCUUAUUCUAAUUUAAAGUUUGGCUUCUCUUCUUCUCUGUUGUCACAUCAUGACUCUGUCCAAUCAGGUGUUGCUCCUGUUUCAGAAUUUCAUUUCUUUUUCUCCUCUUGAUGUGUUUCAGUCUCUGCCUGCAAACUAAACUCCAUCAGCAGCUUUCAGACUGCAGACGUCCCUCAUGUUUCUGAGGAAACUUUAAAAUAGAGGAAGUUGAUUUUAUUGUGUUCUUCAUGUUUAUCAUAGAGACUGUAACUAACAUGUUGACUGAAGUAAAAAUAUAUGUAUAUGUUU